ACACUUUGUAUUUCUCUUGGAAACAUAUUGGCAGCCAGUGCAGUUUUUAAAAAAUCUGUGUUAUAUAGUCUCUUCGGGUUGUCCCUGAGACCAGUCUGGCUGCCACAUUCUGUACCAAUUGGAAUUUCUGGACUAGUUAUAAUAUUUAUCAGACCCUCUCUGAUGAUAUGGUUACCAGAUGAAAUAAGAAAAGUUGGGCAAGGGUCAAGAGAACAGGUUGUCGGACGCACAGUCCAAAGCACCUUGUCCACAUCCUCAGGUGUCACAAACUGAAAGUAAUCCAAUCUAAUCUCAUAAGAGGAGUUGCUGGACACAUCUGCAUUAGACUCUGCAGUAACUGUGUAAUCCAGCUUGGCCAAGGUAGUGCCUCACUGGGGUAUUAUUAUUAUUAUUAACUUGAUUUCUAUGCCGCCUUUCCAAAAAUGGCUCAGGGUGGUUUACACAGAGAAAUAAUAAAUAAAUAAGAUGGCUCCCUGUCCCCAAAGGCCUCACAUUCUAAAAAAACACACAAGAUAGACACCAGCAACAGUCACUGGAGGUACUGUGCUGGGGUUGGAUUUGGCCAGUUACCCUCCCCCUGCUAAAUAAAGAAAAUCACCACGGUAAAAGGUGCCUCUUAGCCCAGUUAGCAGGGGGAUAGCAGGGGAAUUUUAACCACAAAAAAGUCAUUGAAAAUGUCACUGCGUGUGAGUGAUGGUUCCAAGUUCAAAUUCAAGGGGGAGGGACACAUACUAGACCCCUCACAACCCUAAACAACCCUGCUGGAUGUCAAUUAGCAGAAGCGAUGCAGGCAGAAAAGAAUAGGAACAUAGGAAACUGCCACAUACUGAGUCAGACCAUUGGUUUAUCUAGCUCAGUAUUGUCUUCACAGACUGGCAGUGGAUUCUCCAAGGUUGCAGGCAGGAAUCUCUCUCAGCCCUAUCCUGGAGAAGCUAGGGAGGGAACUUGAAACCUUCUGCACUUCGCAGAGCGGCUUCAUCCCCUAAGGGGAAUAUCUUGCAGUGCUCACACAUCAAGUCUCCCAUUCAGAUGCAACCAGGGCAGACUCUGCUUAGCUAUGGGGACAAGUCAUGCUUGCUACCACAAGACCAGCUCUCCUCCAGAAAAAUAGCUUCUUUGCUGCCCGCAUUACCAGAGCAUAGGUCUUCUUCAAAUGUGUUUUGUGAUGUGAUCUGUCAGAUUCAUGCCGCGUCUUCCUCCACUUGUGCUCUAGUCAUCUGCUUUGCAACUUCACCUCCCCUAGUUCUUCCGAAUACCAUUGGGCUGAUUUUGAAGCAUGUCGGAGAGGACGCUUAGGAGCGAUUGUGUCUAAUGCUCUAGUGAGUUCAUGAUUACAUGUUUGCACCAGAGCAACAACAGAAUCAAUAACAGAGCCAACUCGAAACCCUUCCAAAUCUUCUUGGAGUCCUACUGGAUCCAAUAAUUUUGAAAUUAUUUUGAAAUCCAAUUGUUUUUAAACUGGGAGGGACAGGUAAAAUGAAAGUCCGCCAUUUAGGUGAAAUGCUCCAGAGCACACACAGAGUGUGAAACAGGAUGCUGGACUAGAUGGGCCUUGGGCCUGAUCCAGCAGGGCUGUUCUUAUGACAGCCACCAGCAACAGCCACUGUAGGGAUGCUGUGCUGGGGAUGAAUACGAACAGUUGCUCUCUCCCUGCUUAAUGGAGAGGUGAAUGCUGCCUUAGUCAGCAGAGGAAAAAUGUAUAUUUAUUUUUAGAUAAAUAAGAUCUGUAAGACAUGCAGUCUGGGUGUACUUCUGGAUUCACACCUCUCCCUGAUUUCUCAGGUUGAGGCGGUGGCCAGGGGUGCUUUCUAUCAGUUCCGGCUGAUACGCCACCUGCGCCUGUUUCUCGAGAUCAAUGACCUCAAAACAGUGGCACAUCUAUUGGUAACCUCCAGACUUGACUUUUGUAAUGCGCUCUUUGUGGGGCUGCCUUUGUACAUAGUCUUGAAACUUUAGUUGGUUCAGAAUGCGGCAGCCAGGUUGGUGUCUGGGUCAUCUCGGAGGGACUAUGUUACUCCUUUACUGAUGGAGCUACACUGGCUGCCAAUAGGUUACUGGACAAAAUACAAAGUGCUAAUUAUAACUUAUAAAGCCCUAAAUGGCUUAGGCACUGGGUAUCUAAGAGAGCGUCUUCUUCACUACAAGCCCCACCGCCCAUUGAGGUCAUCUGAGGAGGUCCGUCUCCAGUUACCGCCAAUGCAUUUGGUGGAUACAGAGAUGGGCCUUCUCGGUCGCUGCCCCGAGAUUGUGGAAUGCACUCCCUGCUGAGAUACGAUCCUCCCCAUCUCUGGCAAUUUUCAAAAUACACCUGAUAACCCAUCUUUUUGCCCAAGCUUUCUCAGCUUCCUAAAUUUUUAGGUUUUUAUCUCUUGUUUAUUUUUAAAUUGUAAAAUUGCAUUCACUUUCGGGUAGUGAAAUCCAUAACUGAUUGUGAAGAGCUCCAAAAGGAUCUCUCCAAACUGGGGGAGUGGGCGACAAAGUGGCAAAUGCGGUUCAAAGUUGGCAAGUGUAAAGUGAUGCACAUUGGGACGAAAAACCCCAACUUCAAGUAUACGCUGAUGGGAUCUGAGCUGUCGGUGACCGACCAGGACAGGGAUCUUGGGGUCGUGGUGGACAGCUCGUUGAAAGUGUCGACUCAAUGUGCAGCAGCUGUGGAAAAGGCCAAUUCCAUGCUAGGGAUAAUUAUGAAGGGGAUUGAAAAUAAAACUGCCAAUAUUAUAAUGCCCUUAUACAAAACUAUGGUGCGGCCACACCUGGAGUACUGCAUACAAUUCUGGUCACCACAUCUAAAAAAGGACAUUGUAGAACUGGAAAAGGUGCAGAAGAGGGCAACCAAGAUGAUCAAGGGCCAGAGCACCUUUCUUAUGAGAAUAGGCUACAACCCCUGGGGCUAUUUAAUUUAGAAAAAAGAUGACUGCGGGGAGACAUGAUAGAGGUCUAUAAAAUCAUGCAUGGGGUGGAUAAAGUGGAUAGAGAGAAAUUCUUCUCCCUCUCCCAUAACACUAGAACCAGGGGUCAUCCCAUGAAAUUGAUUGCCAGGAAAUCUAGGACCUGCAAACAGAAGUACUUUUUCACACAAUGCAUAAUCCACUUGUGGAAUUCUCUGCCACGGGUUGUGGUGACAGCCUACAACCUGGAUGGCUUUAAAAAGGGUUUGGAUAAUUUCAUGGAGGAGAGGUCUAUUGACGGCUACUAGUGGGAGGGCUGUAGCCACCUCCAGCCUUGGGGGCGGGGUGCCUCUGGGUACCAGUUGCAGGGGAGUAACAGCAGGAGAGAGGGCAUGCCCUCAGCUCCUGCCUGUGGCUUCCAGCGGCAUCUGGUGGGCCACUGUGCGAAACGGGAUAUUGGACUAGAUGGGCCUUGGGCCUGAUCCAGCAGGGCUGUUCUUAUGUAAGUUUUUGUAUAUGUUUUUAACUUGUUUUAUACUAUUGUUAACCGCCAAGAGAUGAAUGUUUGGGGUAGUGUACAAAUUUGAUAAAAUAAAUAAAUAAAUAAAUAAAUAAAUAAAUAUUCAAAUGUCUCAAUCCACACCCAAACCACCCCCCUCUGCAGUUCUUCUGUACUUCCAUGCACAUGGGUCUUCAAUUCUAUCCAAAAAUACAAUCAAACUCUACCAAGAUAAUUCCUUCUUGUGCUUCUCAUGUGGUUGACCUCCUACCAAACUCAAGCCACUCCCAGAGUCCAACGGCUAAUUUUUUCCUGAGAAAUUCUUGACAGGAAGUUCACCAGAGAGGCUCAUGAUAAAAGGGGCAGACCCUUCUUCCAAAGGCAGCUGGACCAACGGAGAGCCAAGAUCCUUGUCCUGACUCUUUCUGCUGGAAAGUGAGGCAAAGAGAUGCUUUCCAUCUCGGUGGUAGCCAUGAUCUCGCUCGUCCUUCUGGGGACUUUCUCCGCAGCACUGGAUCCAGCCCUGGAGCAGGCCUGGAAUGACUGGAAGAGCACCCAUGAUAAAGUCUACUCUGAGGGAAAGGAAGAGGCCUUCCGUAGGGCCAUUUGGGAGAAGAAUCUGGCGAUGGUCGAACAACAUAACCGUGAAGAGGCCCUGGGAGAACACACCUAUCGGAUGGGCAUGAACCAAUUUAGCGACUGGACUGAUGAGGAGUUUAAUGAGAGGAUGAGCUGCUUCAAUCCUGACCUGGCUGAAGAAACUGGUGAGAAUGAGACCAUAUUCCAAGAAUCGGACACACCGGAGAUUCCUAAGCGGGUGGACUGGCGCUCCCAAGGCUACGUCACCCCGGUAAAAGAUCAGUGCCAUUGUGGGUCGUGUUGGGCAUUCAGUGCUACUGGAGCCCUGGAAGCACUGCAUUUUAAGAACACAGGCAAGCUGGUCUCACUGAGUGAGCAGAACCUCUUGGACUGCGCUAGGAAGCAUGAAGACGGAUGCGAAGGAGGGUUCUACUCAUCAGCCUUUAAGUACGUGAGGGAUAACAAUGGCAUCAACUCAGAGAAGACCUACCCAUAUAAGGCAGAGCAGGGACCAUGUCGUUACAACCGUAGGAAGCCAGAAGCCACAUGCAGUGGCUUCAAAGACUACUACUUAAAUGGGAAUGAGAGACACCUGGAAAACCUUGUGGGCACAGUUGGCCCCAUUUCCGUUUCGGUGAAUGCAGCGUGCUUGAGGCACUACGAGUCAGGAAUUCUGUACUCAAAGAAAUGCAGCAAAAAGCUGAACCAUGCUGUACUGGCAGUUGGCUAUGACACCGUCAAGAGACAUGGGAAAACAGCUGAGUACUGGAUCCUGAAGAACAGCUGGGGCAGACGCUGGGGCCAAAAAGGUUAUGGAUUUCUUGCAAAGAAAGCCGGCAAUCAAGGCGGUAUAGGACGUCAUUAUGGCUACCCCAUAUGAUAACCAGCCAAGGGCUAGCCAGGAUCCCUUCUACUAGAACCUUUCCAGCUUCAGCGCCACAAAACUUCAAAUGCUGAUUUGCUUUUGCUUAUUUCAUCACUUUCCACGCAGCUGAAAAUGACAUCCUGCAGAUUUGAAAUUCCAAAUGUUUCUACCAAUUCCACAAAGCAUCUGGAGACGUUUGCAUCAAGCUGAAUUUGGGCAUGUUUCUCUACAUUGGGACGAACUUUUUAUACAGCAGAGCUUUUCAUGUAUUGUAAAUUCCCAUGCAGUCUGAAUAACUUCUGAGCCAUGGGGUCCAACUCUUAAUCUAUUGAGUUCAGUUCCAGUUCAAACAUAAACUUGACAAAGUGGUCUGGUAACCAGAUCACACAUUCAUCAUUAAGAUGCCAGAAGCCAGAUCAUCAUUUUUGUUGGAAGAGAGCUGGUCUUGUGGUAGCAAACGUGACUUGUCCCCUUAGCUAAGCAGGGUCCAUCCUUGUUGCAUAUGAAAGGGAGACUAGAAGUGUGAGCACUGGAAGAUCUUCCCCUCAGGGGAUGGAGCCACUCUGGGAAGAGCAUCUAGGUUCUAAGUUCCCUCCCUGUCAUCUCCAAGAUGGGGCUGAGUGGGAUUCCUUCUUGCAGCCUUGGAGAAGCCGCUGCCAGUCUGUGCAGACAAUACUGAGCUAGAUGGACCUAUGGUCUGACUCAGUAUAUGGCAGCUUCCUAUGUUCCUAUGUGGCUUCUCUUCCAGAAUGUACCUCUCAUUUCUAUGGCAAAUGUAGAAAAUCUAGAUCUCUCUUGAAGUUUGGCAACAUCCUGUGCAGAUACUGAAUGUAAAACCCUCUCUGGAAAAAAAAGCACAUUUGAGACUGGGAAAGUAAGAUUUCUGUGCAUCUGCCAGAUACUGUUCAUCCCUCCCAAUUCUGUAAUGUCAUCUUCCCCCAUCUGAGAAAUGUUCCCUUGGAACUAGAUGCUUUAAUGAACUGCUGCUUGUGCUGAUACCUAUUAAAGAUAUCCAUGAAAUU